AUGGCGGCAGAGGAGGGAGCCCGGCAGGGGGGGGCGGCAGGGCUCCAGAUUUUCCGUCGAGCCGACAAGAAUGAUGAUGGGAAGCUGUCAUUUGAGGAGUUCAAGAACUACUUUUCUGAUGGAGUCCUGAGCUCGGAGGAGCUGUGGGAGUUGUUCAGUGGCAUUGACAGGCGUCAUUCAGACAACGUGGACACAGAGAAACUGUGCGAUUAUUUCUCGGCGUAUCUUGGAGAAUACAGACACGUGCUUUCUGCCCUGGAAGCCCUCAACUCUGCUGUCCUGGCUGCCAUGGACAAAACCAAGCUGCGGUAUGAGACCUCCUCCAAGAUGGAGCAGUUCCUGACCCGCUUCCUGCUGCGAGAAACCGUGUCCCAGCUGCAGUCAUUGCAGACCUCGCUUGAGUGUGCCGUGGACAUCAUGGAGGAGCAGGCAGGACGAGAGAGGAAGGACGUAAAUAGAUCGGACAUCUUGACUGGCCUGCGGUCAGGAAGACGAUGUGGGCGCAGAGGACAGAAAAACAUCUGUCUGUCCCCAGUGGACCCCUAUUCCGGCGUGCUGACAACAGGCAUUUGCAUUGAAGACAACAACCAGUGGAUGGCACAGAUUAACCGGCUCCAACAGCUUAUUGAGAAACUGGAGUGCAAGCACAUCCUUGUGGCCAAGAGGCAGAUCUCAGUAGCGAAGAGCGGCGUCAAGGAGUUUCACCAGGCAUUCAGGUCCUACACGGAGGUCACCGCUGGGCAGAGCAGCUGCCUGCAUGUGUCCACCUGCAAGCUGACCGACGAAGCCUGCUUCAUCCUCUAUGAGUUCUGGCAAGAUGUGUCUUCGUGGAGAAGCCACUUGCAGUCCAGCCACAGCAGGACCUUCCAACGGUCCAUCAUAAGCUUGCUGGAGGCUCCAGAGCUUCUCACCACCAUGCUCUUCCCAGCCUCCUGGUGGAUCAUGAACAACAAUUAG